AUUGACAAACGCAAUGUUAUGAUUUCCCGAGGGUGGCUAAUUUGGACAGGAGCUAGAGAUCCGGCAGUGAGCCCCACGCUUCAUGCAGCUGGCUCACUCGCUCAGAAUUCUCCUAUCGCUCCAUCUCUUCAAUAUGUUCAAGUUGAAUGUGACGUGAUUGGUCCACGGGCCAUGCAGCUUGCUCACGAUAUCUCGUGCAGCUUGCUCACGUAUCUGAUGGUCGGUAUAACAUCCAAGAUGCAAGUAUCUCGGACAUUGUUCAUAAGAGCAGUAUAAAGAUUGUAGCAACACCUUACUUUCGACGCAUCUUUUUCAUCCAAAACACAGAACUCAAUCCAAGACAUUGAAUUAUCUGUUUCUUAAUAUUACACCUUCACACGUUGGCUCAAGUACUUGUUUUGAACAUGACUUUCCACCCCGACACUCUCCCCGAUCUCAAGGGCAAAGUCUUCAUAGUCACAGGUGGGAAUUCAGGCAUAGGCUACUACACCGUCGCCCACCUAGCAGAACAUGGCGCCCACGUUUACAUGUGCGCCCGAUCCGCAGAGAAGGGCACAACAGCCAUCGCCAACAUCAAGAAAAUGCACCCCUCAGCCAACAUCGACCUCCUGCAAAUGGACCUUAUGGACCUCACUACCGUCGUCGCGGCCGCCAGACACUUCCUCACCCUCGAAACAGCUCUGCACGGCCUGGUCAACAACGCAGGCAUCAUGGCGACGCCCGUCAAAAUGUCCAAAGACGGUCACGAGGCCCAGUGGCAGACCAACUACCUCGCGCACUGGGUUUUGACGGAGCACCUGCUUCCUCUGAUGUUGCGGACCGCCAAGACGCUUCCUCCCGGCAGCGUGCGCAUCGUCAACCUCACUUCAUCGGGCCACUUGGGCGCACCCAAGGGCGGCAUCAAUUUCAAGGACCUAUCGCUCAAGGAUAGCGGCCCGUGGGCGCGGUACGGACAGAGCAAGCUCGCCAACAUUCUGCACACCAAGACCCUGCACAAGACUUACGGCCCCGGCUCUCCCAGUGCGCGGAAGGGGGAGGGCGAGAUCUGGGUUUCGUCUGUGCAUCCAGGUAUGGUUGAGACAAACCUCGCCACGUCGGUGGGCGAGUCGGGGUCGUGGAUGAUGAGUCUUUUCUCGGUCGUACGCAUGUUUGGAUUGAUAUGGCCUGCCGAUAAGGGGUCGUGGACCAGUUUGGUCUGUGCGGCGAGUUGGGAUAUGAAGGCGGAGCAGAGCGGCAAGUAUUUCGAAAUUUUCGGGCGGUUUGGGGAGCCGUGGUGGCAGAGCGGUGCGGCGAAGGAUGGGAAGCUUGCAGAGAGGUUGGAGGAGUGGACUGGGGAGGUCAUGAGGAAGGAAGGGUGGGUUCGGUAAUGGCGUCAACUGGUUUCGGUCUUUUUCGAUUAUAUCAAUAGAUUUCUGGUUUUAUGUUAUUAGCUACUAAAGUCCCGUGCACAUACACUGUCC